AUGGAUGCAUCUCGCCAAACUCGACACAUUUACACCGCUCAAACGAAUCCGAGAUACCACGAUCGCGUUGAGCUACUGCAUACAUCACCAGUACAGUCUCAAUCAAUCGACCGUCGUAUUUUGAAUCCUGGACUUCAGCGAGUGGCUCGGCGAACGUCGCACAAUCGCAAUCGAACCCCGUCCCCAGAUCCUACAUUUCUUUCCUCUCCAUCGACCACUCCUUAUACGUCUAAUAUAAAUGAGGGACGCAUCGCCCAUCCCUCUUCAUCUCCGUUUAUUCACCCUCGUAUCAGUAUUCACAAAUCGCCAGCCUCUGAACCAAACCGCACCUCUCAACCCCGUAUCAUUCUGACUAGAAAUGGACAGGUUCAGAAGACAACACCUGCGCAGGUCUCUCACGUUGCAGACAUCAAUGUUACUCACACUUCCAACGCCAUAAAGAGUCCAGAAGCAGUAACGCCUGGGUCAGACGACGCGGAUGAAGAGCUUGAAGAUGAUGACUCUGCCUUGGGCAAAAUUCCAAAGCCUCGGGGUGAAGUCAGUAGACCUGGCCGGGGGGGUUAUAACUUACGGGUGGAACUGAAAUGGUCAACCGAUCGUUUCGAUAAAGUGAAGGCUUAUAUCGACAAGCUCGUUCAAGCUCACCUGGAUUGCACGGAACCUCUCACCAAACAACUUGCGUCAAAAGUCGAGGAGGCUGUUAAAAAAUUCCGAUUUCUUGAUGAUUAUCGCGAUCAUUGGGCGGUGGACGAUUUCAUCAGAUGCCAUCUGAAGUACCGCAAGCAAGCACUUCAAAAAAUAUCUCUUCGACAUGAAGCUGUAAGCACCCGGAAAGAGAUCAAGGAAGUUCGGCAACGCCUUGCACAAGCUGAAAAGGAGGCGCGCAGGCAAGGGCAAUAG